GACGAAUGCCACGGAAGGAGCACCCUCGCAAGGCGAAGCGGCACAGACCGCAUGCCGCUGAACCAAGCUCCGACUUUCUUGCGGCCCUGGAAGCUCAACGAUCUAAAGAGGCACAAUCAGCUGCGGCGCCAGCCCCCGUAGCCACGGCACAACCAAAGGUCAUCCCAGGAUUCUACUACGACGCUGCGACCAACAAGUACUUCCCUGGCAACCCACCGCCAUCGUCGUCACCGCCAGCUCCAUAUGAGGAUCCCAUCGUGAAGCAUAAAGUUGUGUCGUCCAUCCAACAUCUUUGUCGUCGUGAACUCCACGGACGUCACGGUCAAGGACAUGCCGAUCUCCUCCACUUGCUUCAACGUGUGCCUCGCACAACCGAAGUUGGUCUUCCCUUCCAUGUUCCUCUCACGUGCAUGGCCAUGUCAACCCAAGGGAAUACAGUUGCGGCGGCAGUCCGAGCGUCCGGACUCGUUUUCACGUUGCAUCCUCGACAACACUACGACCCCCACCGCCAUCGCAGCGCCUUUGAUAUUGCCAUGCGAUCUUGUCCGUUCUUUAGAAACGUUGGAUGCAUGCGCUUUCAACCUACGAAAGCUGGAUUCAUUUCCUUGACCGGCCUCGGCGAUGCCGACACACCCGGCUACUUUCGCCUUCUCAACCCGUCGACACUGUCCCUUGUCUACAAUCUGAAAGCCAUCGAUGCGUGGCAUCACGUGUGGCACCCCGAAGGCCGCCACAUAGCGGUAGGCGCAACUCUCCAGCAGCAACAUGGAGCCCAUCCAAGCCGCGCCCACGUCGUCGAUGUCGCGCACGAGUCGGUGCAGCAUGCCCCGACGACUUGGUCGUCGGAUGUGUUUGCGCAAUCGUAUCCUGAGGCUACGUCCGUGUUGAACGGCACCCGCAGCGGCGACCUGUGGCUGUGGGACUUGCGAGCCAACACGACUGCCUUGGCCCACUCCAUCGUGUCGACUCCCGCCUCGGUCCGCGCCCUCCAAGUGCUAUCCGACAAGGCGACCGUCGUCGCAGCCACCUCAUGCGGCACAGUCAGCCGAUGGGACCUCCGCCGACUGGACACCCCCAUCGCAUCGACGUACUCUGGAGAAAGCCGCCACCGCCACGGCCUCGCCGUGACCUUUGCCGUGUCGGAGCCCGACGAUAUUGUGGCAGUGGCAACCAGCACCACGACAACUAGUGACGUGGCGCUAUGGUCGCUGCGUGAUGCAAGUCGAAGAAUGUUGCCAACGUGUACAGUGGCGCUACCUUCGCCAGUGCUGGCCAUGCAAUGGCGCGCGCCGACCGACGAUGGACAUAGGUGGCAAGAUGCGCAUGGAGACAUGCCGCGGCUACACGUGGGCACGACGAACGCCAUGCAUGGGAUCACGUAUUGUACAGAACGUUAAGUUAAAAAGAGAAGCAGACUCGACGCCAGUACAAACGCGGCGACGCCGACGAUGCCGU